UUUUUAUCGCCCAAAAAGUUAAAAGAUGGGGUGAGGUAAGUGGGGAGUACGUUGCAGUCAAACCCGAUAGCAGCCAGCUCCAGCCCCAGCUGUUGUAGAGCGAGAUCAUCGUCGCUAUCGAGCUAAGGGAAAUGGCUCUGGUUCCCCAAACGGUGAACGAAGAACCUCUCUUCGCUGAAGUGGAAAUGGCGGCUGAUGCCUCCACCGUCCGCGCCACCGUGGUCCAAGCCUCCACCAUUUUUUAUGACACCCCCGCCACUCUUGAUAAGGCUGAGAGGCUUCUAGCUGAAGCAGCCUCAUAUGGCGCCCAGCUGGUUGUGUUUCCAGAAGCAUUUAUAGGUGGUUAUCCACGUGGGUCAACCUUUGGUGUCACAAUAGGAAACCGUUCAGCCAAGGGAAAUGAGGAGUUCCGGAAGUAUCAUGCAGCUGCUAUUGAUGUCCCAGGUCCUGAAGUUGAUCGGUUAGCAGCAAUGGCUGGAAGAUAUAAGGUUUAUUUAGUGAUAGGUGUCAUCGAAAGAGAUGGAUACACACUUUAUUGUACGGUUUUGUUCUUUGAUUCUCAAGGUCAUUUCCUUGGAAAACACCGGAAAGUAAUGCCAACUGCAUUGGAACGUAUAAUUUGGGGGUUUGGAGAUGGAUCAACAAUUCCAGUUUUCGAGACCCCAAUUGGAAAAAUUGGUGCAGCAAUUUGCUGGGAGAACAGAAUGCCACUUCUCAGGACUGCAAUGUAUGCUAAGGGGAUAGAGAUAUACUGUGCACCAACUGCUGAUGCACGGGAUGUGUGGCAAGCAUCCAUGACUCACAUUGCCCUUGAGGGUGGGUGCUUUGUUUUAUCAGCGAAUCAGUUCUGCAGAAGGAAAGAUUACCCGCCUCCUCCAGAGUACGUCUUCUCUGACAUAGAAGGGGACCUGACUCCUGAUUCCGUUGUGUGUGCUGGUGGCAGUGUCAUUAUUUCACCUUUUGGAACUGUGCUGGCUGGGCCGAAUUAUGAUGGGGAGGCACUCAUCUCCGCUGACUUGGAUCUUGGAGAAAUAGCGAGGGCGAAAUUCAGCUUUGAUGUGGUUGGACACUACUCGAGGCCGGAAGUUCUGAGCUUGGUUGUGAGGGAUAAUCCCUUGACUCCAGUUACAUUCACUUCUGCUGCAUCAAACAAAGCUGAAAGCUCAGCUAGGUAACUAUGGACAUUCAGC